AUAGUAAGGCUUGUAUCUACUGUGGGGACGAGGACCACCAAAAGAGAGACUGUCGUGCGAUGAUGGAAGUCCUAACGGAAGGCAUCAUCGAGUUAGAUGAUCGGAAGUAUGUGAUGUGGGCAGAUGAAGGGAAGCCAGUGCCCUUCUUACCUUCGAUGAAGAUCAAUGUGAAUAUCAGGAGGCGAAGGAUGAAUGAGGCAAAGGGGAAGCAAGCACAAGAGUCAGGGGCGGUGAAGGUUUCCCGGGUGACAUUCGAGGAGGAUCUUGAAGAGCUACCAGAGAGUCCUGGGAUGCGGAUCUCUUCUAUUAAUUUUGAAGAUACCGAGGAUGAUGAAGAAGUUUACGUUUGCACUCAGGGUGUUGGCGAAUCAAGUAAAGGAAAGAAAGAAGACCAAGACCAACCAAUGGCGGACGAACAGGUGGAAUCGCCUAAGUCACCUCAGUCCCCUAGGAAAAGAGGGGCCAAGAAGUUUCACUCUAAAAGUUCGCUGGAUGAGGUAGAUUUGAGGGAGCCGUUAAGGAGGGCUAUGGAUAUGCCCAUUCCUAUUACCUUGAAAGAGUUCAUAGCCAGUUGUGGACCAGCGGGAGAUGAGCUAAUAGGAAUGAUGAAGAAGGCUAAGGUGCCACUAGCGGAAGCUGCAACUUCAACUGAGCUGAAGAUAGAAAUGAAGACAUUUGUUCUAGGGGCAGAAAAAAAAGGAGUAAAGCAUAUAGAAACCAAUGAUGGUGAAGAUGAUUAUUUUUAUGUUCUUGGUAGCGGAAAGUUGAACGUCACCGUCAAUGGGAUAAGGAUGGAAGCUAUAGUAAACGACGAGUCUGAAUCUACCGUCUGUGAGGAUAAAGUGGCCCGAAAGCUGGGUCUAGAGGUGGACAGGUGUGUGACCAUGACCAUGGUAUCAGCCAACAAGUUAAAGCAGCCUGCCCUAGGGGUGUGUCAUAAAGCCAAGGUCGUGGUCGCUGGAGUCGAGGCCACUGUACCUGUAUUCAAAGUUGAACACUGCUCGUCGGAGCUAAUCCUUGGAUGAACAUGGCUGACACGUGUCAAUGCCACCACCGAGAAUAAGCGUGAUGGGAGCCAGACGGUGACCAUAGAGGGCCCGAGGGAAGCAGAGUCACCCUAAAAACUGUGAAUGAAUUUGACAAACGUCA